AUGUCUGUAGACGAUUCACUCACUAGAAAAGUUAAAGACAUCGCUGCUGGUUUCAUUGGUGGCGCCACGCAGGUGCUUAUCGGCCAACCAGCCGAUUUGGUAAAAAUCCGGCUCCAGACCUCAAAGACUGCAACCUCAUCAGCUGAAAUCAUCAAGCAAGUUCUUCAAAAAGAGGGAAUUCUUGCCUUCUACAAAGGAACUUUGGCUCCGUUGUUUGGUGUGGGUGCCUGUGUGUCUCUCCAGUUCUAUGGAUUUCACGAGACUAAAAGACAACUCUUGAAGAGAAGUGGAGAGGCCCAGUUGCUGUUGUGGCCCCAAACAUACAUUGCCGGAGCCAUGGCUGGAGUGGUAAAUACACCAGUUACGGCACCAGUGGAGCAAUUGAGAAUUUUAUCACAGUCCAACACGAAGUCGACGUCGUUGGCAGAAACCGUCAAGCACAUCUACCAAACUAGAGGUUUGGGUGGACUUUACCGAGGAACCACUAUCACAUUGUUGAGAGAGAUCCAGGCGUACGGUGUGUGGUUCUUGACGUACGAAUAUUUGAUCGAUAAGAUCAAGACGUCAAGAGGGUACGCCCACCGAAACGAGAUCACCACUCCAGAACUUUUGGUGAGUGGAGCAUUGGCAGGAAAUGCCUUGUGGCUCAGUAGCUACCCAUUAGAUGUGAUCAAGAGUAAUAUUCAGAGCGACAAGUUUGGUUCCGAGUCAAGAUUUCAUGGCAAGAUCUCCACUGCCACGAAGGCUAUCUGGGCAGCCAACGGGUUUAGAGGAUUCUGGAAGGGUAUUGUGCCGUGUCUUUUGAGAGCCAUUCCAUGUAGUGCUGGAACAUUUGCUGCGGUGGAGACCGCAUUGCGGGUGAUGGGGUAG